AGUCAGCUGAGGGAGGGCCAAACACACACACAGACACACAGACACACGAGGCAGCGGCAUCAGUCUCUUCGUUCAGUCCAACGCUAGCCACGAGGGAGGGUGGACGUGUGGUUCUCUCGCUCGCUCCCCAUCACCACUACCACCAUCACCGCCACUCAAUCACCUUGGUCGCUCUCGUCAAGUCUAUUGAAAUUGAGAGCGAGGCGUCACCAUGCAUCCCCUGGUCGUGGUGAUAGGGGUGGUCUGUGCCCUGGUGGCCCCUAGUACUCAGGUGGUCUUCCCCAGCCCCAACCCCCGGGAGACAGAGACCUCUUUCUGGAUGGACCACGGGAGGCGGGAACUGAAUGAGGCGCUGCAGCAGACACAGAUCACUAACAAGGCUAAGAACGUCAUACUCUUCCUUGGCGAUGGGAUGGGCAUCACAGCCAUGACGGCGGGGCGCAUCAUGAAGGGCCAGAAGAAGGGACACUCUGGGGAGGAAGAGAGCCUUGUGUGGGACAGAUUCUCCAACAUGGGUCUGCUCAAGACCUAUAAUCUGGAUCGACAAGUGCCCGACAGCGCCGCCACCGCCACCGCCUUCCUCUCCGGCGUGAAAGGGAAUUACAUGACGGUGGGCGUGAAUGGAAACGUGAAGAGCCGUGACUGUGCCGCCUCGCUGAAGGAGGAGAACCAAGUGUCAACCAUUCUCAAGUGGGCACAGGACGCUGGCAAGGAAACCGGUGUGAUAACGACUGCGCAGGUGACCCACGCUACGCCCGCCGCCCUGUACGCACACUCCCCCUACAGGUACUGGCAAUGCGACACCAGUAUAAUGACGGAGGGACCUGACGCGAUAGCCUGCAAGGAUAUCGCCCGCCAGUUAGUGGAGGACGAGCCGGGGAGAAGCAUGAAGGUGGUGUUAGGCGGCGGGCGGCAGGAGAUGGGCGCGGGAAUAGAGGCAGACGUGAAGAAGAAGUGCGAGAGGAGUGAUGGCAGGAACUUGGUGACGGAGUGGCAACAGGACAAGGCUUCACAGGGCAAGACGUCUGCCUACCUCACUACCACAGAUGACUUAAGGAACUUGAAUGCUGAGAACACUGACUACAUUAUGGGCCUGUUCGGUGACCUGCAUGUGCCAUAUGAGGUGGACCGAGACACAAGCGGGGCGGGAACACCUCACAUCAAGGAAAUGGUGAAGGUAGCGCUGCGGAGACUGAAGAGAAGUGACAACGGGUUCUUCUUGAUGGUGGAGGGCGGCAGGAUUGACCACGGCAUGCACCACGGGAAGCCACGAAGAGCGCUGGAGGAGCUGGUGGCCAUGGAGGAGGCGGUGCGCGAGACCCUGGAGGAGGUAGACCUGAGGGAGACGCUGAUAGUGGUGACGGCUGACCACUCCCACGUGAUGACCAUGAACGGCUACCCGGAUAGAGGAAACGACAUAUUUGGUGUGACGCUUAAUGAGAACGAUGUGUCUGACCACCUGCCCUACACCACACUGAUGUUCACUACAGGGGAAGGCUUCAAUUACACCUGGAAUGGGUCUGAGGUAAUCCGGCCUAACCUGACGGGCGUGGACACAACUCACAAAGACUUCGUGCCCCUCGCUGCCGUGCCCACCUAUCCUGGCUCCGAGACUCACGGCGGGGAGGACGUGGCUGUGUUCGCUAAUGGUCCCAUGGCACACCUGUUUCAUCGCGUCCACGAGCAGUCUUACGUAGCGCAUGUGAUGGGAUACGCUGCCUGCAUCGGCCCCUAUACAGACUGCGACCGCCCCCUCAAUGACCACAGGACCCGUUACAAGCACAUCGGCCAUCACAACGACCACGACCACGACGAUGAUGACGAUGAUGAAAGGAAGGGAAAAGGCGGGAAAGUUUAUGGCAAAGGGAGUUCCCGAUAUAAUGGUGCUCCAGCGGUAAAAAGUGCUGGUUUUGUGGUGCUGUGGUGUCUUGUGGUGCUGAUGAAGAUGUGGUGAGGUUGGGUUGUGUGGUAGUUUUUUUUUUAUGUGUGUGCUUGUGUGCGUGUAUGCGAGUAGUUUUGUUAGUGUAGUAUAUGUAACUUGAAGCAAUAAUAUUAAAAAGAGAAAGAUAUAUAUAUACAUGCAGUAGAUAUGCAUAGUUCUAUUUCACACAUAUGUAUACAGUGUUUCAUGUGUGUGUGUGUGUGUGUGUGUGUGUGUGCGUCUACUUUUACGAGGCUAGAAUGAGUGUACUUUAUCUUAUAGGAAGGAGGUUACACAUUUAUACAUAGUUCUAUACACGCUGCGUCCUUUGUCAUCUAUACAUACAUGUGUGAAUUACCGUGAAGGCUGUUAUGUAUGUUUUCAUCACGGAAUACUCACACGGGUCCACAGAAUAUUAGUUUUUGCUUGUAUGAAAAAAUUGUCGUGUGUGUGUUUUUUUUUUUUUUUUUUUUUUUUUUUUGUAUUGUGUUUCCAUGUGAAGGGUUUGGUGUUAGGGUAAGAUGGUGAGAAUCCCAAAACUUGUCGUCACCAAACCCAACAGAGAUGCGUCAGAAGUACCUACAUUGUUAGUUUAGUGUGUUGGAGAGGACGUUACGUGUGUUUUAUUUGUAAGUUAGGACGUGCAGAACAACAGGGAACAUUAUCAACCAACACCACCACCACCACUACCUGUAACAACGAUAACAAGAACAAUAACACCAACAAUAACAAGAAUACUACCACCACCACCACCUUUACCAGUAACAACGAUAACAAGAACAAUAACACCAACAAUAAUAAAAAUACCACCACCACCACCACUACAAUUAUUACCACACCACCACCACCACCACUACAAUUAUUACCACCACCACCACCACCACUACCAUUAUUACCACCACCACUACCACCAACACUAUCGACAACAACGAGAACAGUAACACCAGUAAUAGCAAGAGUACCACCACCACCACCAACAACAACAACAACAACAACAACAACAACAACAUCAACAACACACAUUCAUAAUAUUUUCACUGCAAUUUUCACUUACAACUUUUCAGACGCGUUUUUCUAAUCAUUUUAUUUUUCUUUUUACGAGUAG